CUUGGAUGAUUGGUUCAAACCCUCCUCCUCCAGCUCAAUCAAUCAAUCAAUCCCAACUAGCUUGUUUGGUUUGUGGUUUGAUCGUAGCCGCGAUAAUAGAUCACCUUCAGAGUGUUGACUCCCGAACAGCUUCUUCUGAUAUCCGCAUCCUGGUUCAAAUAAAGAAACUGUCAUUAGAAAAAUAAAAAUUAAAACAGAGGAAGAGAUACUCUGAUCCCAGUCUUUCGCUUUCCUGCAUCCAGCGCUCUCAUCCAAUUGUCACGAUAGAAUAUAAACAUCCUCACCAUUGAUUCCAUCUUAUUCUACUGUAAAACAGACUCAAAAACUAUCAUCUUAGCUUGACCAGCUCAAUAUACUCUCUACUAGACUAUCCGUCCCUAUUCUUUCCUUGCUUUCCGCCUCCUCUCUUUCUCUUCCUAAUUUUUGACGUAGUUUUUUCUUCUUCUCUUUAUUCUCCAUAUAUAUCUGCUCAUCCAUCCUUAAAAGACUGUUAAGCUCAACGUUGAUUAGCAGCAAUCCGCCUAUCCUCCUUCCUCUAUAUCCUGUACCGAGACCUCCGCUUGCCCAAUUGUCAUCUUUAAACUCCCUUGCACCUCAUAUCUCCGCCUACUCGCCCCCCCCCCCCAUCUCAUCAUCUGCUCAUCUUUUAGACUCUCUCCCACCGUCAAAUCCUUACUUUCUUUCUGUCUUUGAGGGUCACAAUCGAAGGCAGCCCGGUCAGUCUUGUCUACCGAUCUUGAACAACUUCAUGCUCGCUGCGUACAAGCAGACCUUACCUUGAGAUCCGCUCAGCUCAUUCUCGCUUGGUUGGUUUCCUUGGUUCUCACUGAAGCAUUGCCACGUGAAGCCGUCGCACACAGAGAUAUUUCCUUACCUUAUUAGGCUCGCUCGAAACAUGGAGUUCAAUCUCGCCAAUCCGAACAGCCAGAGCUUCGAUGAAGUAUUAGAGAAACUCAAACAAAGUAUGAAAGCUGCGCGUAGUGGCGGUUGGAUCGACAGUGACAGUGGUAGCGAAAUUGAGAUUGCCUUGGAGCACUCCCCACAUGGUGGGCAGGCUCCAGGUCACCCCAGUCGCAAUGGAAGCGCACCUCGAUCGAUCAACAACCAUCAACAUCCGCUUUAUAUCAAGGAUGGUAUCCCAGGUCGGCGAGGUGAUGUGGAGGAUAAGGGACACGCAAAUGUAAAUCCAGCUCUUGCACCGCUUUCAGCCAACCAAAAAUCUGUCAACCCACGAGUUGCGGACGUUGCCAAUCUAAAAUCGCACCCACUGACAAUCGCCUCGUUGAACCAUCACUUGAUCGAUCACUCCACGUCCUCCACUACCCAAGAACCGCGUCAUUCGCCUCUUUUUGAUACGCCAAAUAGUCCUUACGCUCCCUGCACGCCUUCGACACCUGUCUCCGCUGGAACUUCCUCUGGAUCACCCUACGUACGCCAUCACUUUAAGUGGGAGUACCUUCCUCCGGCCACAUCCGCUGAAGGAACCCACCAACCUGGUUCUCAGCCACGGUUUGUGGAAUCCUCUUCUCCGCCACACAACAUCAAUUCCAAUGAGACUUUCUGGCAGAAGGGCUUCAAUCAGAAGGAUUUCAGAUUCCCCACGGAGUCAUCCCCAUUUCGCAAUGAACCACCGCGACACGCCUAUGAAAUCCAGAGGCCUGUUCAUUCUCCUAGUAAUAUGGCCUUUGCUCCUCAUAAUGGUUACCGAUCAGUGAGCUAUUCGCCGGUGAAUUACAAAUCACAAUCGCCUUCUCAACAAGGUUUUGGAUUUGGAUACAACAAUCGAAGAGUAGCGGCCACAGAACUUUCCUCCAACAACAUGAAUUCCAAUCAACCUGCACUCGAACAACCACACAAGCCAUGGGUUAUGGCAGCACCCCCUCACGAAUCAAAGCCAUUCAUUCAGAACGUGAUCAACCCCGCUUCAGUUUCAUCAGUCCCGUUUUCUCUAGCCCCAGCAGCGCCUAUCCGCUUCUCGGCGCCCGAGGGAGAUGGUCAACUGAAAGGAAGCAGUUUGGCACGCGAGACGAGCUCCCAAUCUCCGAUACGAGAUAGUGAUGCGUCAGUCUCUUCUCGUGAAGCAACUUCUGCCAAGGCGCAGUCGGUGAUAUCGACUGCAGCUAGCUCGGCCUCCGUGAAAGACCCAAACGAAGAACGUGAGAAACAGGCGAUCAGGGCUAGAUUGAUGGGCUCAUCGAGCAUUGACAACUUUCAAACUAGAUUGCAGAGUUUUAACAAACCUUUGGGAGCUCCGUCUCAACCCGCCAAUGGCGGCCAUGCCGGUCAAGCUGUGAACCUUCCGAGCAUGUUUCACCAAUUACGGUUUUCCAAUUCUACUCAGCCAAUCUCAGCCGCUCCAAUUCGGGCGCAUUCAUCUAGCGAGAGUUCUCCCUUAAGGUCUAUCUCGGCUACCUAUCCGAUCAAUCACAGUUAUGGCAGCCCCAUCUUUUACAGCAGCAAUCCUCAUGGCGCAGUUAGUAGGCAUAGCCCUUUUGGUGCAGCAUCUAUCGCUUCAGCACCGAGUAAUCCUUCUCAAAUGCCGCAAUUGGCUCCCAAGACACCUGUGACACCUAUUGGAUUUGGCGUAAACGGUCACCCGCACACCCCCAAUCCUAGUGUACCUUACUCACCAGCAUCUUCAGUUAACAAGUCGCCAUUUGUACCGGUCAUCGUUCCGGCUGUCCCAGGGAUUGGUGGUCCGGUCAGCACUCCUCUUCCUGGGCAAGUUCAACCCGAGGAAGUCAGGAAGAGCGUCAAAACGCAACCACCAGUCGUUAAUACGGGCAACUCCGGCGCGAUGAUUCCGCAGCCAGGUGAUUGGAUGUGUAUAUGUGGAUUUGUCAAUUGGAGACGUCGCAAAGUGUGCAUGAGAUGUUUCCCCUUUGCAGAUGGAAACGAUUCAGUUGGAGCUAUGAUGGCUUUGAAUGCUCAAAGAGCCGCCUUACUGGCCGCUGGCGUGCAGCUACCUAAAGACCCGCCCAAUAGCACUCAAGCAAUGUCCAACCCUUCGCCCGCAUUGUUUCAACGCCCAUCAAUCCCCUCUUUUCAAGAGACCAUCCAUCAGUCUGCUGACAAGCAAUCGACUUUCGGUCAAGUCUUCAGUAGUCCCGAAGCUGCAUUUAACAACUAUCCGAGACCCUUGGAACCAGUAGGAAGAUUCAACUCGCAAGAGCAGCUAGGAGGUCUAAGCCCAUUUGAUAAAACCUCGCCUCUUGGUUCCCUCAAUUCAGCACCGGGUACCAGUCUCAACCGCUCUCCGGACGGCAGUCAACAAGUUUAUCGCGAAGUAACUUCACAAGAAGCCAUCGAGAGAGAGCCUGAGCCCCAUUCCGCAAUCAGCCGCCCGGAGAAAAGCUCCAAGUCACUGCGAGCCAGACUUAUAGCGCGGGGGAAGAAAAGCAGACCGAGGCAAGCAGUUGGGAAGAUGUUCUUUCGAAAUCGCCUCGACCUCGAAGCUUUUCUAUGGGGGCCAAAAGUGUUUGGGAGCCCAAUGAGGAAAUGGGGCAAAUUGGUGGGCUAAAUUUGCAAGACAUGGACAACCCUACAAAGCUGGAGAACAAUCCUAUCGGAAAGGAAACAAACGGAAUUUCAAGAUCGGAAGAUGCCUUAGCUGGGGGUCAAGUGGUCAGCGGCCGACUGCUCCCGGAUAGCCAUCAGGAACACAAUACCAUCCAUAACAUCGGGAACUCUGUAAAUCGACAGCGAACGACUACCAGUCCAUCUUCUUCAUGGCAGGCAAUUAAAGCCUUGUGGCAGUAAGGAUUCUCCACCUUUCCUCUCUAUCUCGAUCCCUCCUUCGGAGUCGGAAGAGAUCACCUCGAAUGCCUCAUGAGACAUGUUGCAUCUCGGCCAUUUCAUCUAUCUGUUCCUCUGUACCAUUUCUUUCUUCCUUUUUUCUUAUUCGGUUUGGCAUAUCAUCCCCCCCCCCUUGAGUUGUGUCGGAUUCAUCAUCAUGAUUGGAAGGAGAAAGGGCUUCUAGGUACAUUACUUAUAACAUAUACACCAAAAUGUGGACAUCACCCUUUUGUUUCUUAUUCUAGGCCUUCUUUUUACCGUUCU